AUGCGUCGGCCGCGCUGCCUCGCGCCGUUUAUCCCCCUGGUGCUGCUCCUGCUGCUGUUGGCGAUGCACUGCACCGGUGGGUGCCUCGCCGCCGCUUCCGCCCUGAGGCACCGCUGCAACUUCGACGAGGUGAUGCGGAAAAGAGGUCCGCUGCCGACUGCGGUGGUGCGUGAGCUGCCGCGCAAGGGACAGGGCACGAUGCAGGCGUACACCGCCACCACAAAGGAAGAUGAAGGUGACUGGAAGCCCAUCCGCAUCAGGGCUUUCGUUGUUGGUGCGAACGACACUAGCAUGGUCUGCAAGGAAGCGGGGAAUGUGGUUCGGGGCUACGGUGGAAGGAUGAAAUGUGAAGAGACGCACGUGUUGACGGAUGCGAAGAGAAAGACCCUUGAAGAUUCUGUUCUUCCCAGAGCCAUCAAGCUGCAUACCGACCGACUCCUUGUCAAACCCAUAAAUGGCAAAUUAAUUGUGCCACGUGAGUUGUGUGGGUUGCUGAAACGGAGACAUGUGCCUGAGGAGCACAUGACGGAGGGCGUGUCAGACGCCGAUAUGGUUCUGUACGUUUUUGCGGGGCCAGCGAGUGGAGCCAUUGCAUGGGCUUCCUCGUGUGCUCUACUGCACGAUGGUCGGCCGGUUGUCGGUGUUGUGAACGUUGAUCCCCAGUACAUAAACGGAGAGUCUGUUGAUCGUGUUGUUGCACAUGAGAUUGCGCAUGCUCUUGGAUUUGAUUGUCAAAACCUGCGAGGGAGGGGCCUUGUGUCCUCCAAGUAUGGCGUGCGUGGGAGGCCCUCGGUGACGAUGGUGACUGGACGCAACGUUAAGGAGAAGGCGGCAGCGCACUUCAACUGCGAUUUGCUUGAGGGCAUGGAGCUGGAGGACUACCCCUUGAAGAGCGCGGGAUCCCACUGGGAGCGACGCAAUGCGCUGGACGAGCUGAUGGUUUCCGGCUUCAGCGUUGGCCGCUACACGGCACUGACGAUGGCGGCGUUUGAGGACCUCGGCUACUACAAGGCUGUGUGGGGGAUGGCGGAGCCGAUGUCGUGGGGCAACAACUCUGGCUGCGAGUUUCUGACGAAGAAGUGCACGGAGAUCAACAACCCUGCCACUGCCUACCCUCACAUGUUAUGCGAUGCCUCCGACAACGCGACGCUUCGCUGCUCAACUGAACGCCACUACGUCGGGAGGUGCACCGGGAAUCUUGUGGAUGGCCAUCUGAGCACAAGGGACAAGUGCCCCGUCGUCUCGUCGUUUUUUACUAAAUCCAAGAAUGGGGGUUCAGUUCUCAGCAGGUGCUCGGAUGGGAGCGUUGCGUCUCUCCCGGGGUCGCUGACUGGCGAGGGCUCGUGGUGCCUGGAUGCGGAAUCCCUGCAGGCGAAGGCCGGCGACAGCAGUGACUAUGCGAGCGUCGGCGGUGUGUGUGCGCAGGUGCAGUGCGCGGGGGGCAAGGUGAAGGUGAAGUACCUUGGCGGGAGUGGUUUUGAGCUGUGCCCCGAGGGCGGCGAAAUCCAAGUGACGGCGUCGGAGCACUUCAAGGACGGCGGCAAGAUCAAGUGCCCCCGGUACGCUGAGGUGUGCACCGUCGCCGCGGAUGGCAGCGGGCUUAUCUUCGACUGGGAUGAGUUGGAGCUCCAGCGUGCGAAGGUGGCCUCCCCGCACACUUUUUCCAACAGCGGCUUGCUUCCGUGGGCGCGAAAUGUCCACGCCUACAUCACGGGCAGGGACGGCGGUGCGGCAGCCGCUGCUGGCUUCAGCUCCUUUGCGCUUCUUCUUGUGGCCACAGCCGCCGUGGCAGCGCUGCCGCUCUGA